AUGUUCACCAUCACCAACAUCGUCGUCGCUGCUCUUGCUCUCGGAACCGUCCAAGCCCUUCCCCAAGCCAAGGCCUCCCAUUCAGUUUCUGACGCAUAUGCCACUACCACUUCCAGUGCUCCACCCGCUGAAACGUCCUCGAACGACCAAGCCCAGCUUUUCAGGGAUCUCUUUACAGCGCCUACAGCAAUCAAGCGUUUCCAAAGGCUUCUCACAAAUGGAGGACAAACCCUGUUCACAGGUGAUGCGUUGAGGAAGAUGGUUGUCUUUCCAUUCGAAAGUGGCGCUCCGUCAGCCAACAGCCCGAAAAAUGGAGCUCUUGUUGCAGCCAACAUUGAGAGCUUUCCCAUCCUCACCGAUCUUGGUAUCAGCACUACUGUUGGAUUCCUCAGUCCCUGCAGCAUCAACACACCUCACGUCCACCCCCGCGCCACUGAGUUCCUCACGCUAGUAGAAGGCAGCAAUCUCGAAUUCGGCUACGUUCUAGAAAACAACCUCGUCCAGCCCAACCAGAACCCCGAAAUUUCCGGCUACCUAAACAAAUUCCAGGGCACCGUCUUUCCCCAAGGUUCAAUCCACUUUCAGUUCAACAACAACUGCGAAAAUGCUGUUUUCGUCGCUACAUUGAACUCCGAGGACCCAGGUACUAGCCAGGUCGCACAGAACUUCUUUGCUCUCAACAAGGAUGUCGUCAACGCUACUCUCGGCUUUCCCAGCUCCAUUAAUGGUCUCAACAUUGAGGAGUUCCGCAAGUACAUCCCCGCCAACUUGGCUAGCGGUAUGGACGCUUGCAUGUCCAAGUGCAAGUCCAAGGACUCGCAGUACUAA